GCAACAACAAUCUGCAACAACUGAAAACAUAAUGAAAUUCAUUUUGGCUUCUGUGAUUGCCCUUGGCAUUUUGUUGACAACAUGUAAUGCCGCCUGCUUCCAUCUGCCGCCUGAAAACCAGGAAGGUUGCCUUUAUAGUGGUGAGCUGCAUGAAUUGGGGAGCAAAUUUAGAACAAAAGAUUGUAUGGACUGUACCUGUGAUAUGGAUGGCUCAAUGGGAUGUUGCCAAGCCUUUGUAGAUCCGAUUGGUUAUGAUGAACAGUUAUGCGAAAAGGUGUUCAAUGAGCAGUCCUGCUCUUACAUUGUGAGGAAGAAGGACAAUCCAGCUGAAACCUGUAAAGUUACAUCCAGUAUAGGUUAAACUCCUGUGCUCAUCUCCUAGGGGAAAAUGUUGUUUUCCAGGGCUUUGGGAUAAGGCCUUUGGCUGCCUGUGAGUUACUGGGAACGGUGAUUCAUCAACAGCUGCAGAGGCUUCGCUUGGCUCGAGGUCAUGGCUCCCUUUUCUCUGUUUGUUUGAGCAUUGUACAAAAUAAAAUACAUGAAAAAUAACAAAA